AAAACCCCCGGGGUCUGACCCACGGGAGGUGCUUGGCCAAUGCCGCCCCUCCCCUGGCCCCUUGGCGGGGCGGGACACGGCGGGCCGGCCACUGCUACUCAAGUCCUGGAUGCAGCCCAGAUGGGAAGCAGAAGUGCCCCGGGGUGCCCUGGCAAUCAGGCCAGAUCCCCCGUGGGGCGCGCUGGGACCGGCACGGGGCCCAGCCGCCCUCCCGCUGCGACGCGCAUGCUCCAUGUCCCCCACCCGCCGCGCCUGGUUCCCACGCCGCCGCCGCCGCCGCCGCCCCGGCCCCGCCCGCUCCCCGCCCGCUCCCCGCCCGCCUCCCGGCCCUGCUCCUGGCUCUAGACAGAGGAGGACGGACAGCCUCGCAGAACGCGCCUCCUGAGAGCGGCGCCCAGGGACCAGGUCGAGACCGGGCGGGGAAUCCCGCCAUCUCCUGGGGCCGCUGUCCCCGAGGGCUUCUCGGAGGCGGCAGCCUUGGCCUUGGGCCUGCCGGGGGUGGGGGUUAGGACCGACAGCCCGGCAGCGGCCCGCGGAGCCCCAGUGUGCCGGCCUGGCAGGGCUGUGGCGGCCCAGAGCGGGACCCUGCGGAGGCGGGGGGGUGGGGGGGGGCGCGUCUCGGCAGGCAGGUGGCCAUGGGGCGAGGGAGAGGACCCCUGGAAAGCAGCCUAUGUUUAUUGACUGCGAUUCGCCUCUGAUCCUGGAGCUGGCAAGGGAGCCCCCGGCGGGUAAGUUUGGAUUUUGCGCCCGUGUGUGUGGGUGCGCUGGGCAGGCCGGCAAUUCGAGGUGGAGGCACUCCUGCCCAGGGGCACCUGGCGAACUCAGCAGGCACAGGUGGUAAGGGUCCCAGACGUGUCCUGGCCGCUAGCUAUCAAGGGGGCGGCGGGGGGGGGGGGGCGGUGGUGCCCCCCUUUGGUGAGACCGUUGGUGGUGAGGAGCUCCCCAGAAGAAGGUGUAGGAAGAGGAAGCCAGGGGUGGGAUGGAGGGCCUGCAAGAUCAAGAGAGGGAGGGAGCGAGCUGAGCGGGGAAGGAGCUCCAGCAGUCCUCCAGUCCCACAGACGUGUGCCUGGCAGCCCCUGCGGGCCAGGCCCCUGCAGGCAUUGGCGAUAUGGCAGGGAAGAAAAUGGCAAAACUCGCCCCACGUGGGUCCAGGCCUAGUGGCAGGGCGCACACGACAGGACAGCCAACAUCUUAAAUGAAGGAUGCUAGAGUGUGUUCAUCGGUGGUAAGUGCCCUGGGGAAACUAGAGCAGAGGGAAGGAGGUGAGGGGUUGGGUCGCAAGUCUGAGUAGAUGAGGGUAUUUCAGAAAACCUUGAAGGAGAUGAGAGCGUGUACCGGACGGAGGGAACAACCAGUGCAAAGGGCCUGAGGUAUGAGUGGACUGGUGUGUGGAAGGGAAUGCGCAGAGGACGGUGUGGCAGGAGCAGAGGGAGCAAGCAGGUGGGAGGGGGGCAGGGCGAGGCCAGGAGGGGCCACAUGGGUCUACUCUGAGUCAGAUGGGCACCCCGGGGAGGGCCGUGAGCAGGCAAGGACAGAACCCCAUUAGGAGGUGGCCCUGUUUACCAUCAGUUCAGCCUCUGCCCCUCCCCCGCCCCCCACCGCCCAGGACAGGGGAGACCCCAGUUGCAAGGCUGAUCCUCAGAUGAUCCUUAGAGGGCUUUGUUGGGUGGAGCAGCGUGGAAGGCCCUGGGGUGACCUGCGGCCUCCCUAGGCCCAGGGCCCUGGGGCCGACCCCCCCAGCGGGCUGCAAGCGCUGAGGUCCCCAGGGAAGGCUGCCGGAGCCAGGAGGAGGCAGCCGGGGUCUGGAAGUGCCAGGCCUCAGAGGAAGUCCGCCAGGAAGGAAGAAGCCUGACUGCAAGAGGCCUGGCGCCACUCCUCCUCACAGAUGAAGAAGCCCCAGUUCCUGAUCCCAGUUCCUGUGUGGGGUCGCCUCCUGCCUUUCCUGGGUUUACAGGAAGCGUGCAUACCAUUUUCUCCCUACGUGCUUCAAGAAGGAAGGACAUUUCCUCCCAUGACCCAGGGCCGUUAUCCAUCCAACCCAUGCCCGGCGCGGGCUCCUGCUGUCGUCUGAGAGCCGCUGCACAGUCACCCUCCAGGCCCCCACUGCCUUUGACUCCUCUUUCCUUCACGCCAGCAUCUCAUCAAGGACUUCGUUACGCUUGACCAUUGGCCGUCUGGUUAUCUUUUCAUCUGAAGCAGCCUCUCUCCCCGGCCUCGUCUUUUCCCCCUGGCGCUGAGACACGCAGGGGACCGACCGGGAACAGCCCACCUUCUAGAUUGGGCCGGUUGCUCCCUUGUAGCUAGUGUCUUUAAGUGGUCCCUCUGUCCCCAGUAUCCUUUAUAAACCGGGUGUGGGGGCACAAGGCUGCACUAGAAUUGGGUCCAGCUUUGGCAAGAGCCUUGUGCCCUCCCUGGGGUGGCAUCGUCACAGGAGGCGUGUCCGACCUGUGUCCAGCAGCCGUUCGCUUAGCUUUCUGUCUCGGGACCAGCGGUAAGCAGGGGAAGACAUCUUGACAUCGUGCGGCUAUCCACGCCUCCUAGGCCUGUCACCCGGCGGUUUUCGCGUCCACUCCGCCUUAAGGGAUUCUUUCCAUCUGAUUAACGUAAAUGUCUUCAUCAGACACAUGAGUUUAUUUCUUCUGGGCUAGUGUUGGUUGACAGCUCGUCACUGGCGAUAAGGGACCUUGCGGCAAUUUAAAUGCUCCGGGACCCCGUCCCCCCAUCCUCUCUCCUGUAGCAUGAAUAAGCUGGAGUCACCCACGCAGCAAAAGCAUCCUGGGCCCGCUCCCCACCAGCCACUGCCUGGCUCUUCCGCUUCCCCACCGGGGAAUUGCACAUUCUGGCCUCCAGCUGGGUGCGGAGCACAUCCUUGGAGCAAACUUUCUUUGGCCCCGCUGUUUCCUGGCACUGAGAGCCGGUGCGGAGGAAUCAGACACUGCCCGCUCUGUCCCUGACAGACGCUUCCUGCCCUUGGUGUGAGCCCCCGCUGCCUCCUGUCCCCAAGGCGCACACGUGGUCUCUCCCCUUUUGCACCCCCACCCCGGCCCCAGUCUCAGCCCCGGGACCGCCCGGCUUGGGCCCACCCAAGGGCCAGAUAUGAGCCAUGCCUUUAGCCUGCUACUCUCUUUGCUCACCCGCAGCCUUCGGCUCUCAGCCUGAACGUGACUCCUUCAGAGAGCACCCCUCCCCUAGCUAUCGUGGCUCCCUCCAUAGUGCGUUUCGCUAGCCUGGUCUUCCUCUGUUCCUUGACACUGAGGUUGUUUACAGGUGGAGUGGUAUGUGUGUGUUGGGAGUUUUUCUGUAAGGACCCUGACCUGAGAGGAAAAGGGGUCAGCAGUGGAGCUUCCGGGGAUGGCUGGAAAGUCGGGGUGCAGGGGUCCUGCCCCCAUGGGAAGAAAGGAAUGAGAAAGAGGAAGCCAAGGCUCACCGGAGGUGGGCAGGACUCCCUGUCUGGCGGCCCACCGCCCAGGUGAGGGGAGAGGGCGGCAGCUCGGUCUGGGAAAGUGUUAUGGGUUGGAUUGUGUCCCCCAAGAGAGAUGUGUUCGAGUCUUGCCUGCCAGCAGCUGUGACUGGGACCUAACCUGGAUGAGGUGGUGCUGGACUAGGGCGGGCCUCAUCUCGCACUUGGCUUUUGCCAAUCCCCUUAGCUUGUUUGUACCCCCGCGAUGGCAGCCAUUCUCUUGAAGGCCGGACCCAAGGUGAGCGGGGCUCCCUGACCGUCUCCGUCCGCCCCCUCAUCAUGCCCCAGCCUCACAGCUCUGGCAACCCCGAGUCUCCCCUUAGCUGCUGAGUUCUCUGGGUCCCCACCCCCACCCCCACCCCCACCCCCACCCCCACCCCAUGUUUGGUUGCCGCCCGCCCAUCCUGCGACCCAUGGGGCUGAAUUCCCCUGCAGCCCUGGGAAUUUCUCACUUUAGGUGCCGGUAUCGUUUGAAGACGUGCCCGUGUACUUCAUCAAGACAGGAUGGAAGCUUCUGGACCUCAGUCAAAGGAUCCUCUCUACAAGAGAGUGUUGCUGGAGAACUACCGCCAUUUGGUGUCACUGGGCCAAGGAAUAACACCGUUAUCCUGCUGGCCCCAAUCACCACCUACUUGGGGCUCCGCGUGCCCACCUGGCCCCCAUGCAUCCAAAGUCCAUGCAUCCAGAGUCCAUGGCGGUGCCCAUGUUGCUGCUCAACCUCGUAGACCAGCUGGGGGAGGCGGACGAGGAGCUGGCGGGCAACUACGCGGAGCUGGGGGACUGGUGCGCCCAGAGGAUCCUGCAGCAUGUUCAGGUUGGGGACGUGUCCGGGGGACGGGAGGCGGAUGCUGGCCACCAGGACGGGUCUCGGGGGGCUGGGGAGCGGGGGACCCCCGCUCCCCACCCCCUGCAGCACCUCCUUGGCUCACGCCCCACCACCGCCACCCCAGCUGGGCGCCGAUGGUCCCCUUUACGGAUGGGGAGACACGGAGGCCGGGGAAGCGCAGGACCCUACACCCUGGGGAAGGACGAGGGCCCAGGAGAGCUCCGGAGGGAGGGGCCAAGGGCAGGAGGGAGGGUGUCGGAGCCCCUGGCGUGUUAGAGGGAGCAGGAGACCCGGCCAGAUCCAAGUCUUUCCAGGCCUCUGUGUGUUCCAGGACAGCCACUUUGGUGGUGGUAGCAGGAUAUCCUGCUUGGAGAUGGUCGGACUUGGCAGGUGCCUGGAGGAUGAACUUCAGAAAGGUGUGGGAGAUGCAUUUGGCCAACUGUCACUAUCAGGGAGUGAACUUCUCAAAUUCAAGAAGAAUUUGGAACUCUGUCUCCGAAUGCUACUGUUAUUAUAAUUUUGUCGUCCACUUUCACCCUCCGACUGUCAGGGUCGGCCUUCCUCGACAGGGGCCAUGGUCUCAGCUGCCGGCACCUGUUUCUCGGGUUCCCGCGCCAUGUGCUCUCAGGCUUUACAACGGCAGCUGCAUGAUGCCUAACGCUUUUCAAGCAGCCCACUGGACUUCGGAAGAAAAGUUUCAGUAGCAUGUCUUCCAGAAGGAACUUGGUACCUAGGAUAAACAGUUUGGUCAAAUCUCAGAAAAUCUUUGUGUUUAGUUACUAUAGCAGUCCUUGUGACAGCAACUAUUUCCCUAAAGCACGUUAUAAAGUCUGGUGUGAAGGGUAUUUAGUCGAGAUCAAAUGUGUUUUAAGAGCCUUGUUUUUCCCUGAAACUUGGUUCCUUUCUUCAUGUGGUACAUUCUUUAUUAUUUCAAGAUCAGAGAUGAUUUAUCAAAGAAACAGUUGUAUACAAGUUGGGAGAUAGUUCCUCCUGGAAGUUCUGCUUUAUUUCAUCCUGGCAAAAAUGAGAAUUCUCCAUAGGACUUUUUCCGAAAACACUCACGGCCUACGUGGAAUCAAACAACUGAAUGAUGCAUCCCAUUCUGAAAGUCAUUCUACUCAGUGCUACGAUGGGGUCCUCAGGGAAGUGGAGGGUCCCGGAGCAGCUGAGUGAAACUGAGGGCAGGAGCGAGGGGGCCAGAAACCGAGGGCACGUUAAAAAGCAGGAAACCUGGGGCGCCUGGGUGGCGCAGUCGGUUGGGCGUCCGACUUCAGCCAGGUCACGAUCUCGCGGUCCGUGAGUUCGAGCCCCGCGUCGGGCUCUGGGCUGAUGGCUCGGAGCCUGGAGCCUGC